AUGUCGUUGCAAACCCUUGACGUCAACGCUGUGUUGCACAACAUGCAUGCACAGAUUUUGGCAUUGACUACGCAACUCGCCAAGCUACAGGCAAACCCCCCUGCAGCAGCACCCUCGGUGGAAAAGAAGUUCAACAAGAAAGUCGAAGUCGCAAAUUGGGAUGCAUUUGCCAACAAGUUUGAGGUAGCAACUGCGGUGCUAUCUCAAUUAAAAGGACCUGUGGCGGGUCGAUACACCCAAGUUAGACUUCAGGAGUGCUACACUGCAUGUGUGUGGCCCACCUGGGACAAUCUCAAAGUAGAGAUCAAAAAAUAUUUUAAACUGCAAGCUGAGCGUGACUGGGCGUGUCAGCAAAUCCGUACCUUCAAGCAAGGAAACAUAAGGACGGAUGACUAUGUAACCCGGUUCCUGGCUCUCUCUAUCCAAGGAGGGCUUGAAAAUGAACAUGCAGUAGAACUGCUGGAACACAAUGUGAACCCCUGCAUUGCAGAACAGACCUAUCAGCAAGAUAAGAGACAUGACAACUUGGCCCUAGCGGCUGAGGAAGUCCGACAAGUCAGUAGAGCCAUGGAGCUCUAUGCUAUGCACCAAGGUGGUGGGUCCACCACCAAAAACAACUAUCCCCAGAGGCGCCCCGGGUCAUCAAACCAACAUAAUCACUCUCACGGGUUCAAGCCAUUUGGGCUACAGCCAGGGCAGGGUGCUCCAAUGAAUAUUGGCGCGGUCCAAGGCGGACAGAUGCACAGAUUCAAGGGCAGCUGCUACAACUGUGGCCAGGAGGGACACAUGUCCUGA